AGAUCGUUGUUGUCCUCGGAAAAGAAGAGUAGGGAGUUGAGAGGAGUGGUUUUGGGGGAGUGGCAUACUGUGCACGCGUCUAGAGUAUGUGAGAAGGAGGCAUUGGGUGCCCAGGCUGUGGCGACCCCAAUUUUAGCGAGCAAGCCAGGCGAGAGAGGGAGGCGCACAGGUGUACGG